AUGAGAUUUGAACUCUUUUGAUUUCUUUCUUUUUGUGUAGAGUGUCAUUUUGUAGAAGAAUAUCUUCCCUAUAAACUUUUCUUUUGAUAUAAGUGUUCAAACUAUAUAUGUCUUCUAGACCACCCCUUCUUAUCAAUUUCUAAAAAAUUAUAAUCAUGAAAAGCGGAAUAAUAACAAUUUUCACACUUUGCUUUAGUGUAGCUGUUAUGGCUCGUAAAGAGGAGGAGUUAUAUUACAGCAAAACACAGCCGGCUAAUCUGAAAGAGGAGAAAGUAACUCGUGUCGGGUUCUACCUGCAUGAUAUUCUUAGUGGCAAAAAUUCUAGCGCCGUCAGAAUCGCACAUGAUAAUCUCACGAGAGAUGCAAAUUCACCGGUGGGGUUCGGAAGUCUCUUUGUAAUGGAUGAUCCACUGACCCUUGGACCAGAGAUACACUCAAAAGAGAUCGGGAAUGGUCGUGGGAUGUAUGUCUCUGCGAGCAAGGAAAUGAGCAAAUUUACGAUCGUGAUGUAUGCUGAUUUAACGUUUACAACAGGAAAAUUCAACGGGAGUUCGAUUAGUAUAUUUUCAAGGAAUCCGGUAGCAGAAGAAGCUGGGGAAAGAGAGAUCGCGAUUGUUGGUGGUCGUGGGAAAUUCAGAAUGGCGAGAGGCUUCGUCAAAAUAAAAACACAUCAUAUUGAUAUGAAGACAGGUGAUGCUAUUCUUCGUUAUGAUGCUACUGUGUAUCAUUAUUAAUCAAACCCCAUAUAUGUUUCGUCCAACUAUUAUUAUUAAUAAAUGUUAAAGGCUAGCUUUACUGGAAAAAAAUCAGAUUUUAAUUUGAGUUUUGCGGAUCAACAGAUUAAUUAUGUUUGCAAUCCUUCU